UGCAAGAAAAAGUUAAAGAACUCACGAGGUCAUAUGCUGCAGAGUUACAGUCCUUAAAUGAGAUAAGCCGACGCCAGCAUUCUUCACCCAGAGAGUGCCCUUUCCAGUGCAAGGAGUGAACUCUAGUACAGAAGAAGCAGGAUGAAAAAAUGGCAACCCACUUCUUACGACUGGGAACUAACAGCUUCCAUCGGUUCACUCGCGAAUCUCUUGCUGCUAUUGAGAAGCGGAUUGCAGAGGAGCAGGCACGGAGUGCAAAGCAGGAAUAUAGAGAAGAGGAAAAUGAAGAAGAACUACCUCGUCCUAAUAUUGACCUGGAGGCAGGUAAAAAACUGCCUCGACAUAUGUGUGGAGAAUUUCCAAAACAUCUCAUUGGCAUCCCAUUGGAGGAUAUUGACCCAUUCUACAGCAACAAAAAGACAUUUAUAGUACUGAACAAAGGGAAGGCCAUCUUCCGUUUUUCUGCAACACCUGCAUUGUACAUAUUUAGUCCUUUCCACCCAAUCAGGAGGGCAGCUAUUAGAAUUUUAGUACAUGCUUUGUUCAGUAUGUUUAUUAUGUGCACUAUUUUAACCAACUGCGUGUUCAUGGCCAUGUCUGACCCUGCGUCAUGGACCAAAUAUGUUGAGUACACUUUCACUGGCAUUUAUACAUUUGAAUCAUUGAUAAAAAUACUGGCGCGAGGAUUCUGCCUUGAACAGUUCACCUUCCUCCGAGACCCAUGGAACUGGUUGGAUUUCAGUGUUAUUGUUAUGGCAUAUGCAACUGAAUUUUUCGACCUAGGCAAUGUGUCUGCCUUAAGAACGUUCAGAGUUCUUCGAGCAUUGAAAACUAUCUCAGUCAUUCCAGGCUUGAAGACCAUUGUAGGUGCAUUAAUCCAGUCUGUGAGAAAGCUUGCAGAUGUCAUGAUUUUGACUGUCUUCUGCCUAAGUGUCUUUGCCCUCAUAGGCCUUCAGUUAUUCAUGGGCAACCUGCGACAGAAGUGUGUCAUUGACUUCAUAUCCUAUAAUAAAACAAAGAAUGGCACUUUUGAAUGGAGUAAUGCUACAUGGAUAUCGUGGGAAGCCUUUAUCGCUGAUAACAAAAAUUAUUACACGUUAGAAGAUGCAAAAGACCCCCUGGUGUGUGGAAACAGCAGUGAUGCCGGAGCCUGCCCAGAAGGAUAUGCAUGCAUAAAAGCUGGAGAAAAUCCCAACUACGGCUAUACCAGCUUUGACACCUUUGGAUGGGCCUUCCUGGCAUUAUUUCGUUUAAUGACACAGGAUUUUUGGGAAAACCUAUACCAACAGACCCUCAGAUCUUCUGGAAAGACCUACAUGAUAUUUUUUGUGGUGGUCAUCUUCCUGGGUUCUUUUUAUCUCGUAAAUCUGAUCUUAGCUGUGGUAGCCAUGGCAUAUGAAGAACAAAACCAGGCCACUAUAGCGGAAGCAGAGCAAAAGGAGAAAGAAUUCCAACAAGCCAUGGAACAGUUGAAGAAAGAACAGGAGGAAGCUGCCAAGGGCAUUGAAUCGGUGUCUCUUUGCUCUUCUGAGGUAUCCAACUUAACACCAAAGAGCAGCAGAGAAAGAAAAAUGAGGAGAUCAAAGAAGAAACUUUCUGUCAGUAAAGAAGAAAGUGGCGACAGCGGGACAGUGCCAAAGUCAGAAUCAGAAGAGACGCUACCGAAAAGGCCUUUUCUUGGGGGUUUCAGUCAUGGACUUGGAUCUGUUCACCGCAAGACCAGCCAUGGAAGCAUCUUUCAUUUUCCGACUAGAAGGGAAUGCUCAGAAACAGAGUUUGCCGAUGAUGAGUCUAGCACAGCAGCAGAUACUGAAAGCCGUCGAGGGUCUCUCAUGAUUCCUCGGAUAUUUCGAGGAAGCAGUGGUCAAAGUCCACUUAGCCAUGGAUCCCAUCCCAACACACCAAACCCUACACCCAAUGGGAAGAUGAAUAGUGCUGUGGAUUGUAAUGGAGUAGUCUCAUUGGUAGGAGGCACAGGAAGCCACAGUUCUACUCCAGCAUCACCUGCGGGAUUACUGUUACCGGCAGUGAUUGUGGAAAAAUCAGCUCACGAUGACCAUACAUCCCCAUCUGAGCUAGAUGGUGGGAGAAAACACCUGCUGAGUCCUCCGCGACUUUCUGUGGAUUAUCUGGACGAACCUUUCCAACGACAGAGGGCUCUGAGUGCUGUCAGUAUUCUUACCAAUGCGAUGGAAGAACUUGAAGAAUCCCGACAAAAAUGCCCUCCAUGCUGGAUUCACUUUGCUACACGGUAUUUAAUUUGGGAUUGCUGCUCUUCAUGGAUACCAUUCAAGGAGGUGGUAAAAUUCAUAGUAAUGGAUCCAUUUGUGGAUCUCGCAAUCACUAUUUGCAUUGUGUUGAACACAAUCUUCAUGGCACUGGAGCACUAUCCAAUGACUCAGUCAUUUGACAACAUGCUUUCCAUUGGUAAUCUGGUUUUCACUUCAAUUUUCACAGCUGAAAUGGUCUUUAAAAUCAUAGCACUGGAUCCCUACUACUACUUCCAGCAGGGCUGGAACAUUUUUGAUAGCCUUAUCGUUACCCUAAGCUUAGUGGAACUGGGAUUAUCUACUUCCGGAGGAAGUCUUUCUGUAUUGCGUUCAUUCAGAUUGCUUCGAGUCUUCAAACUAGCAAAGUCAUGGCCCACCUUGAAUACCCUCAUUAAAAUUAUUGGAAACUCUGUUGGUGCAUUGGGUAAUCUGACUCUGGUUUUGGCGAUCAUUGUCUUCAUUUUUGCUGUGGUAGGAAUGCAGCUGUUUGGGAAAAGCUACCUGGAUUGUGUGUGCAAGAUAAGUACGAACUGUGAACUGCCACGCUGGCAUAUGUAUGAUUUCUUCCAUUCAUUUCUGAUUGUGUUCCGCGUGCUUUGUGGGGAGUGGAUUGAAACCAUGUGGGACUGCAUGCAAGUUGCUGGUCAACCCUUGUGCUUAUUGGUCUUCAUGCUGGUCAUGGUGAUCGGAAAUUUGGUGGUGCUUAAUCUCUUCCUUGCCUUGCUGCUGAGUUCCUUCAGUGCAGACAAUCUCUCAGCACCAGAUAAAGAUGAAGAGAUGAACAAUCUGCAGAUUGCCUUUGCUCGUAUUCAACGGGGCAUCGCCUUUUUGAGGAAAGCUAUGCAUGACUUCUUCUGCAACUUACUUAACCAGAAGGCAGCUGCUGAAGAAAUAAAGACUAUGACAGAUCUUUCUGGUCACCAUAAAGGUAGCCUUAUGGGUAACCAUGCUAGUAUCGAUAUUAAGGAAAUGAAUUACAAAGAUGAAAAUGGCACAACUGUUGGAAUUGGGAAAAACAGAGCUACGUAUGUGGUCAAUGAGGAUGACUCUUGCGCAAACCUCCCUGCCAUAGCAGUUCGUGUCCCCAUUGCAGUGGGAGAGUCUGACUGGGAACCACAUGAAGAAGAUGAGCAGAGUACCGUCACUGAUAUGGAGGUCAGCAAAGAGAAACUAGAUACCCGGAGUAGCUGUUCAGAAGGGAGUACUGUGGAUCUCCGGAGAUCUCGGGAAAUCUUGGAGCAGAUCAUAGAGCAGAAUGAAGAGGUGGCAGAUCCAGAAGAAUGUUUUACAGAAGCAUGUGUGCGUCACUGUCCCUGCUGUGAGGUGGACAUCACUGAGGGAGCCGGAAAGAUAUGGUGGAAACUAAGGAAAGCCUGUUACAGAAUAGUUGAACAUAACUGGUUUGAAACGUUCAUCAUUUUCAUGAUCCUACUUAGCAGUGGAGCCUUGGCAUUUGAAGAUAUUUACAUUGAACAACGGAAAGUUGUGAAGACUAUCCUGGAAUAUGCUGAUAAAGUGUUCACUUAUGUGUUUGUUCUGGAAAUGCUCCUGAAAUGGGUAGCGUAUGGCUUCAAGAAAUACUUCACCAAUGCUUGGUGCUGGCUGGACUUCUUAAUUGUUGAUGUUUCUGUAAUAAGCCUCUUAGCUACUCCUCUGGGAUUCUCCGAACUGGGUCCUAUUAAGUCUUUGAGGACCCUUAGAGCUUUGAGGCCAUUAAGAGCAUUGUCACGAUUUGAAGGGAUGAGGGUUGUUGUAAAUGCCCUGAUUGGUGCCAUUCCUUCCAUCAUGAACGUUCUGCUCGUCUGUCUCAUCUUCUGGCUCAUUUUUAGCAUCAUGGGAGUAAAUCUUUUUGCAGGCAAAUUUGGCAAAUGUGUAAAUUCUACUACCAAAGAACCACUCAACUAUACUGAUGCCAACAAUAAAUCAGUUUGUGAAGAAAUUAUUUCUCAGGGGUCAGAUGUCUACUGGACGAAGGUUAAAGUCAACUUUGAUAAUGUUGGAGCUGGAUACCUUGCUCUACUGCAAGUGGCAACUUUUAAAGGCUGGAUGGACAUUAUGUAUGCUGCAGUUGAUUCACGUGAGAAAGAAGAGCAACCUAUAAAAGAAACUAACCUACUAAUGUAUCUCUAUUUUGUGGUCUUUAUCAUAUUUGGAUCCUUUUUCACUUUGAAUCUGUUCAUUGGUGUCAUUAUUGACAACUUCAAUCAGCAAAAGAGAAAGUUAGGAGGAGAGGAUAUAUUUAUGACAGAAGAGCAGAAAAAAUAUUACAAUGCAAUGAAGAAACUGGGAUCAAAGAAGCCACAGAAACCCAUCCCAAGGCCUCUGAACAAAUGUCAAGGACUAAUUUUUGAUAUUGUGUCAAAGCAAGCCUUUGACAUUUUCAUCAUGGUCCUGAUUUGCCUUAACAUGGUUGCUAUGAUGGUGGAGACAGAUAACCAGACCAAAGAAAUGGGCAACAUCCUUUAUUACGUAAACCUUGCCUUCAUUGUCGUUUUCACUGGAGAAUGUUUCCUGAAAAUCCUUGCUCUUCGAUACUACUAUUUCACAAUAGGCUGGAACAUUUUUGAUUUUGUGGUGGUAGUUCUUUCCAUUGUAGGACUCGUACUUGCUGACCUCAUAGAAAAAUACUUUGUAUCACCUACUCUCUUUAGAGUCAUUCGACUGGCACGCAUUGGACGUAUUCUUCGACUUAUUCGAGGAGCCAAAGGAAUUCGAACACUGCUAUUUGCCUUAAUGAUGUCCCUCCCUGCCUUAUUCAAUAUUGGCCUUUUACUUUUCCUGGUUAUGUUUAUUUACGCUAUUUUUGGGAUGUCUAACUUUGCAUACGUUAAAAAGGAAAGUGGAAUAGAUGACAUGUUCAACUUUGAAACUUUUGCUAACAGCAUGUUGUGCCUCUUCCAGAUUACAACAUCUGCUGGGUGGGAUGGUCUCCUUAACCCAAUUCUAAAUAGUGGACCUCCAGACUGUGAUUUUAAUGUAACACAUGCAGGAAGUAAUAAUCAACAGGGAGACUGUGGAAGCCCAUCUGUUGGAAUAUUCUUCUUUGUCAGUUACAUAAUUAUAUCAUUUCUAAUAGUUGUGAACAUGUACAUAGCCAUAAUCUUGGAGAACUUCAGUGUAGCCACUGAAGAAAGUUCAGAACCUCUUGGUGAGGAUGAUUUUGAGAUGUUUUAUGAAGUCUGGGAGAAGUUUGAUCCUGAAGCAACUCAAUUUAUUGAGUAUGCCAAGCUCUCAGAGUUUGCAGAUGCACUUGAAGAACCCUUACGUAUUGCAAGACCAAACAAAAUAAAACUUAUUGCAAUGGACCUUCCUAUGGUUAGUGGAGAUAGAAUUCACUGCCUUGAUAUUUUGUUUGCUUUCACCAAAAGGGUUUUAGGGGAAUCAGGAGAAAUGGAUGCUCUCAAGCAACAAAUGGAAGAGAAGUUUAUGGCUGCCAAUCCAUCAAAGAUCUCAUAUGAACCAAUCACAACCACACUGAGGAGAAAACAAGAGGAAGUAUCUGCUAUAGUUAUCCAAAGAGCCUACAGGAGGCACUUGAUUCAUCGUUCUAUGAAACAAGCCUCCUUCUUAUACCGCCAUAGAAAUUGUAAUGACAAUGAUAUUGAUGAAGAGGCACCUGAAAAAGUAGGCCUUAUUGCAUCUGUGAUGAAGGAACAUUUUUGUAGGCAGUCUGAUGUAGCAGAAACAUUGUCCUCCUCUUCCUCUCCACCAUCUUAUGAUAGUGUCACAAAAAUCAGCAGUGACACAAUCCAGCUGACAGAGACACGUACUGGGAGAAACAACAGUCUAAGAGACUACAGGAGACAGCCAGACAGAGAUAGAGAGACCAUUGUAUAAUGAAAGGCUUUAACAAAAUAUUGUUUACAGAGUAACUAUGUUAUUAUUUUUUUCCUUUGGACAAGAGGCAAAGAAGCUAUUCACUGCUUCAUCAAGGAAAGUGGUAGACCAUAACUUUUGACCCUGUUACAUCUGCUAUUGUUUUAUAUUUCUAUUUCUUAUAUACACAAAUGAACUUUCAGGGUCAUGGCAGUUAUAUCUAUGGUGUGACUCAAUAUACUGUACUAAACUGUAAAAGAGUUAAUACAAAGUAUCUCUAUCUACUGACAAUGCCUCACUGUAUGCAUUCAUUACAGGUCAUAUGUAUAGUGGCAUGUUACUUUAUGGCAAUGCAUUUCCUUGCUUUGCAUAUCUUUAUCACAGCUGUUUUAGGAUGAGUAACAUUUACUGUUAUUAUCACCUUUUAGUACGCUUGGACUUUUCUGUGUAAGUAAACGAUUGUCCUGAUUUAAAUACAAUUAACAUUUUCAGAUCUGAACUCUAGUUCAGAAAAAAAAUAACUGAAGUAAUGUAGUACUGCUAGUAAGUUUUCCUUCUAAAAAUUGGACCACUGUAAUAUUUUCUAGGCACUCUACCAUAUAUAAAACAGUCCACCAUAUAGCUGGUUAUUAGGACAAUUCCGAAAUUACAGAUACUGCUAAUGCUACUUCUGUAAAAUAAGUCCAUGGACAUGUACAAAUGUUCAUGAAUGUUCUUGCUUUGCCAGCAGUUCAUCUGCCUUUUAACCAGCAUCUGCAAAUGUAUGUGUUAAGAUUUAUUAUUAGAGUGAUGGUAGAGACUCAGUCUUGGAAUCAGUGAGUACAGGCCCAGAACUGCUUAUAGUGCUUGACUAACAUCAUACUGACCAAAUGCCUGGUUAUACUUAAAAUGUCUGUAAGGCGAGCCUAAGUACUGUUACACAUUUCCUCACCUGGUUUCUGCGUGACGCUGUUUCAUUUUCCUUGAUGGCAUCCCAGUUAAGAUUAGGCCCAAUAAAGUUGCAGGGUUGAAAGUAGUGAGUUUGUCUACCCUCAUUUCCCUUUUAGUCACAUCACCAGGCCUCAAAUAUUUUCUUAGACAGCCUAUUCCCUGCUUCUGAAUCACCUGACUAGCUAUCAUUAUCUGGACUCUCUAUGGCCCAUGUCUGCUUGCAGGAAUGGAUUCUAGAACUACAUAUGAUACUUAAAAUGUGGCCUUACUCAGGUACUGUCCCAAGUGAUAACCAGUCAAAGGAAGAAUUUUAUGUAAUUGCAGAUACUUUCGGAUACGAGUUAAGAUUCAAUAAGUCAGAAGAACUCGAUCUGUUUUUGUAGAUGUUAUCGUAAUAAAAAUCUAAAUAAAUGAAAUGUUUACAUUCAUAUGUAAGAUGCCUUUUUGCAAUUCAAGAGAGGAAAACUACAAACUACAUUUCUUUUCCUAUUGUAAUGACUUUAUGGUUCCUAACGUCUAGUUGAAAUUUCCUAUUUUUUAUCAAAAAUUGGAAUACAAUAGGGAAAAAAGUAAAAGCAGAGGGAGAAAAAAAUGAUGCAAUGCAUAUCACAGAGCAAUGUUUCCCAAAACUGUGCAAUGUAACCCAUUUUACAAAACUGAUGGAUGCUAUUCAGACUGAUAGCACACAUCUGUCUCUCAUUGUAGCCCACUAUAGAGAAAUAGCUAUGCUUUUGUUAUAUAAGCUUGGCAACACAGGCUUUCUUAGCUUUUGUUACAAAUUGCCUAAAAGGUAAUCCUUGAAAUGUGACAGUCAGGCUUUAUUUACAAAUGCAUGAAGGAAUGGUACUCAGACAGAAUGGUCAUUUGAAAUCAUAUACAUGCAAUCUGAGGUAACCACAAAAACAAUGAUAUUAUUUGGUAGGCCCAUCAUAAUAUCUAGAAAUCACACAAACAAUGUAGAAACCAGGAAUGAACUACACCACUAGACAAUGGCCAAGGCACAGAAUAUGUUAUGGGAAAAAUAUAAUUGUUAUUUUUUGCCACAAGCUUUAGAACAUUCUGACAUUCUUUAAGAGAUGAAGGUCAUUAAACAAGGAUAAGAACAAAUUAAAUACUGGUGGCUAGUUGGGCGCCAGUUACCUAAAUGAAUACUCAACAGAAUAUGUAAAGGCACUGAUGAUUUGGAAGUAUUUUAGAAACAAUUCUGUAGCUUGAAAAUAUUGUCACAGAACUUAGUGUUCCUCUUUGAAAACACACCUGAGUUAUUUACUGUUUUUCUUCUGGUUUGUCAUUUGGCUUUUCUGAGGAAAUACUACAAUAAAUUUCUAAUACACCAGUUAAAGUACUAAGUAAACAUAUUUAAAUUUUUACAACUUUUGCUAAUUAAAAUUGAAGGAUUUUUA